GCCACAACCUCGAUAAGCCUCGAAUAUUCGCGCACGACUGCAGAAAAUUUGGGGGAGAAAUCUCCGAUCAAUUAGAAUGUUGCGGCAUCUGACCAACGCGAUCCGCGCUCAGCGGCUGGGUGCCCCUGCGACCGUCGCUGGUGGCGGGCUGCAGCGGAUGUACCACGAGAGAGUGGUGGACCACUACAACAACCCCAGGAAUGUCGGUUCGUUCGACAAGAACGAUCCCGCUGUUGGAACGGGUCUUGUUGGAGCACCGGCGUGUGGCGACGUGAUGAAAUUGCAGAUUAAGGUUGAUGAGCAGAGCGGGAAAAUAGUUGAUGCGUGCUUUAAGACGUUCGGCUGCGGCUCCGCCAUAGCCUCCUCCUCCGUUGCAACUGAAUGGGUGAAAGGCAAACAAAUGGAGGAAGUACUGUCAAUCAAGAAUACGGAAAUUGCAAAACAUCUUUCUCUUCCGCCAGUGAAACUACACUGCAGCAUGCUCGCCGAGGACGCAAUUAAAGCAGCUGUGAAGGACUACGAAGCGAAGCAAUCCAAAUCGAAGCCUCUGUCUCAAGAGGCUGCUACCCCUGCUGGGGAGAAAGCUGCAGAUGCUUGAACACUUGCUGUAAGUAUACCGUAUACCCAACUUUAUUGUGUCGUAAUGCUUUUUAUACUUCUUGUUGACACCUUACGUCUUUUCCGGGCGUGUCCCGUCUCUCGUUUCUGUAAUAUUUUCUUGGGAAGUAUUAGUUGUUAUUACAUUGUGGAUUUUUUAAGUGUCUUAACUAGAGAUCAUAUGGUUAUUCUGCUUUA